GGGAAGCCUCUGGGACUCACCCAGAAAAUGGCGUUUCAUUACAUUCAACGCUGGAUUUUUAUACUUUUCUAGUUCUUAAUUAACCUCCUCUAUUUGAGUUACCAAUGAAGUUUCUUGUUCUAGGUGUACUCACCCAGUUGUGCUUGUGGGGUUGAGCUCUGGCUCUUUGGCCCCACCUCUCCUGAGGGAGAAGGAGAUCAGAACUUCUCUUAUUGUAGGAGUGUUGGCCUCCAGAAGACGUCCUAGGUCACAAGGCAGCUCCUGCAGUCACCAGGAGGGGAUAACUUCACGGAAUCUAUACGAAUCAUAAAGAUGACAAAACCUCACAGGUGUCCAGAGUGUAGGAAGAAGUUUUGCAGUCUUCAAAAUAUGAAGAUGCACAUGUUGUUACACACUGGUGAUAAACCUCAUGAAUGUUCAGAGUGUGGGAAAAGAUUCACUCAACUUGGUCAUGUGAAGCGGCAUAUGACUGUUCAUACAGGUGAUAAAUUGCACGAGUGUACAGAGUGCGGGAAAAGAUUCAGUCAACUUGGAAAUCUGAUGACUCAUACGAAGAUACAUACUGAUGAUAAGCCUCACAAGUGUAGGAAGUGUGGGAAAAAAUUCUCCCGUUUGGGAUCUAUGAAGAUUCAUAUGUUGGUGCAUACGGGUGAUAAGUCUCACUUAUGUUCAGAAUGUGGAAAAAGUUUCAGUCGUCUUGAUUAUAUGAAGAGUCAUAUGUUAACACAUACAGGUGAUAAACCCCAUGAGUGCCCAGAAUGUGGGAAAAGAUUUAGUCAUAUCACAAAUAUGAAGACUCACAUGACGGUGCACACUGGUGAUAAACCGCAUGAGUGUCCAGAGUGUGGGAAAAGAUUCAGUCGUCUUGGAGGCAUGAAGACUCACAUGUUUUUACAUACAGGUGAUAAUACACAUGAAUGUCCAGAGUGUGGGAGAAGCUUCAGUCGUCUUUGUAAUAUGAAGACUCACAUGUUAGUGCAUACGGGUGAUAAACCUCAUGAGUGCCCAGAGUGUGGGAUGAGAUUCAGUCAACGUCAAAAUAUGAAAAGGCAUAUGAAGGUCCAUAAAGGUGAUAAAUUGCACGAGUGUUCAGAGUGUGGGAAAAGAUUCAGUCAACUUGAAAAUUUGGAAAGGCAUAUGAUGGUUCAUGAAGAUGAUAAAUUGUUUGAGUGUCCGGAGUGUGGGAAAAGAUUUAAUCAAAUUGAAGCUAUGUUGACUCACACAACAAUUCAUACAACUGAUAAACCUUUUGAGUGCGCUGAAUGUGGGAAAAGAUUUAGGCACCGUAAUAGUAUAAUACGUCACAUAUUAGUACAUCCUGGUGACAAACUUCACAAGCUCUGAUGCUCUUGUCAUUUAAUGGGUGUCGGUAGUACAGUUGGAUUUGUUUUCGGCUUGCAAUUGGGAAUCCCGGGUUUGAAUCUUGGGGAGGACACGAAAAUGGUUGGGCAUGAUUCCAUUUGUCUAAGGCCUCUGUUCACCUAGCAUUAAAUAGAUAACCAGGAGCUAGGCAACUGUUGUGGUAUUGCAUCCUAGAGAAGGUCAGUACAGUACUUCAAUCUUGGUGUGUACCUCGAAAUCAGAACCCCUCAUGGCUUAGAUAACAUAGGAACAAUGUGCCAGGGAAAGAGGCAGCAACCCGUGACUACACAGCUAUACCACCGGUUGCCAGCCUUCUUAUGAUUUAAUCCUUUAAUUAAAAGGGUUACCACUCAAACCUGUCAACAGCUCAGAGCUUCCACAGGUAUCUUGUUAAUAAAUUAUCGUCUACAGUAUAUUAAUUGUAAAUUUAAUGUCGAAGACAAGAUGAACCUUGUUCUAGUGUUUACAUCUUGUAAUCUUAUCUUGUUAUCUAACUUCAAUAAUUUUUUAAGAUUCAGCAUACUAUAUUAGAUUAUGAAAUCAAUAAUGACCUUCCUGUUUUCUGAAAUCAAUACUGACUGUUUUUUCUGAAAUAAUUGAUGAUUAUUGUUCAUGCUUUCAGGAAUAACUAUGGCAUUUUUCUCUUACUGUUCACAUUCAUCGGUGCAAAUUCAUCUUCAAUGAUGCCUCUUUUGCUUUCAUAUAAUCUUUUUUUAACUUUUGUCUGUAGCUGUACACUUUUGUGCACAAAAAUAGCUGUGCACUUUUGUCCAUAGCUGUACACUACCAAAUGUAAGGUUACAGUUAACAGUUAUUCGUCAGGUCAUGGUACACUACCAAACAUAAGGUUACAGUUAACAUCAAUAUAUCAGAUCAUUAUAUACUGAUUUUCAUGAAAUUUCUGUGUCUGUGAUACAAAUGACAAGUAAUUACCUAAAUGUAAUUAUCUAAGUAGUUACAGGAUUGAGAGCUAUGCUCGUGGUGUCCCAUCUACCCAGCACUCUUUGUCAUAUAACGCUUAGAAACUACUGACGGUUUUGGCCUCCACCACCUUCUUACCUAAUUUGUUCUAACCGUCUACCACUCUGU